GCUCCACUGAGUUUGGGGAAGAUGGAGGAUGACGAAGGUUACACGGUAUUGAACCUCCGGCCGAAGAGGGGAAACUCAGCCAGUCCGUCUCCAGAUGGACGCCAAGGGUCUCCUAUGAGUGCCCCUUGUUACAAAAUCGCCUUAGGAGCUUUGGGGGCCUGUUGUAUCAUACAGACAUUAGUGAUUGCACUGGGCGCUUGGGGAUGUUGUUACAAAGCUUGUCAGGGCCCCUGUCCAAAAGGAAACCCUGCAGAAAGUGACGGUGCCACUCAGAGAACCGGAAGUGGAGGAGAACGCAAGGCCAGCCUGGAGGACUUGUUUUCUCGUCUGAAGCAGAGUCUGUGCGAUCCGGCCCAGAUAAAUUCAACAGGUGGCCCCGGGUGCAAACUCUGCCCCGGGGACUGGCUGCUGCAAAGGGACAAGUGCUACUGGCUGUCUAAGGAGGCUGACACCUGGAGCAAGAGCCGCGACGACUGUACAAGGAAGGGAUCUCAAAUGCUGGUGAUCCAGGACUGGGAACAGCUGAAUGACCUGCAGCCUGUCAUACAAACUGAUCAUGGUGUUUGGAUUGGAUUAACAUUCAACUCUACACAGAAGAGGACCUGGGUGGACGGUGCCCCUGUCCAUGAAGAACUAGUCCAAGGAUUAAGUCAAGCUGCAGAGAGCGACUGUGGAAUGUUAAAAAAGGCUGAGAUUGGUUUUGAUGUCUGCGACACUGUCUUAAAAUGGCUCUGCCAGAAAGCAGCUUUCCCGCUAUAGACUGCGGCACGACCGAUCGGGACAGUAAAAGGCCUUCAGUCUCUGAAACAUCCACAGUAUUUUCAGCUUUACUUAUAAAUGUCAUGUCAGAAUCUGGGGCCAGAGCCCCUGCUGGCGGGAAUCAGCCAGAGCUCCACCGGAGACACGGGGCCGGACCCCCAGCUGAUGGACAUCUGCGCAUUUGACAUCAACCGUCAAUGGUUUUAUUGUCCACUAAAUAAAAGCAAAUCCACCCGCUGGGCCCUAAUUCCCAGAGGUUUUCCCCACUCCAGCCCCCCAGGAAUAAAGAGGACACACCCCUCCCCCCAGGGCUGGCAAAGCCAGGGAGGUGGUGCCCCCACAAUGGAAAUAUUGCAACCUUGCACAACUGGCGCACAGCUUGGGUGGGGAGGGCAAGAGUGGGACCAAGGAGGCUGGAACGGGCCUGGGAUCAGGUAGGGACCAACCCUCCCACCCUGGAGCCCCUCCCCCCCCACACGCUAAACCCCUCCCCCCAAUGCUAAGUCUCAGAACCUGCCUUCACAAUUCCUUCCUGUCUCCCUGCCCCCAUUCCCAGGGAACCUCCACUUCCACCCCCACUUCACUCCCCUUUAACUUUAACAUGCUGCCCCAACUAGCCAUGUGACCAGUUAACCCUUUACAGGCUGCAGCGCCUUUUCCUUGUUGCAGACCCCGUCUGUGUGUGUGUCCUGGCUGGAUGCGAAGCACCGUCACUUCUAUGGGAAAAUAAACUUUUGUGAAAACAUUG